GCGCGGGCCUCGCGCGACGGAGGGGCUCGGCGACGUGCGCAGGGCGGAGACUCCCCGCCGCGCGGGAGCCGCAGGCGUUCCCGGCCUCCGCGGGGACGAUGGCGGAGGAAGAAGGUGACGGCCCGGGGUGCAGCGCUCCGACUGGCUGCCCAGGACCAUCUAUAGAACUGCGCCAAAGAAAAAAGCCAAAAUCUUCAGAAAAUAAAGAAUCUGCCAAAGAAGAGAAAAUCGAUGACACUCCAGUUCCUGAAAGAGCUCCAAAACAUGUAUUAUUUCAGCGCUUUGCAAAGAUUUUUAUUGGCUGUCUUGCAGCAGUUACUAGCGGUAUGAUGUAUGCUCUCUAUUUGUCAGCGUACCAUGAGCGGAAAUUCUGGUUUUCCAACAGGCAGGAGCUUGAACGAGAAAUCACAUUCCAGGGUGACAGUGCCAUUUAUUACUCUUAUUAUAAAGAUAUGUUAAAGGCACCUUCAUUUGAAAGAGGUGUUUAUGAACUGACACAUAAUAACAAAACUGUAUCUCUGAAGACUAUAAAUGCAGUGCAACAAAUGUCUCUAUAUCCAGAACUUAUAGCCAGUGUUUUAUAUCAAGCAACUGGUAGCAACGAGAUUAUUGAGCCAGUAUAUUUCUAUAUUGGUAUUGUUUUUGGAUUGCAAGGAAUAUAUGUUACUGCUUUAUUUGUUACAAGUUGGCUUAUGAGUGGAACCUGGCUAGCAGGAAUGCUUACUGUUGCAUGGUUCAUUAUUAACAGGAUGGAUACAACAAGAAUUGAAUACUCCAUUCCUUUAAGAGAAAACUGGGCACUACCAUAUUUUGCAUGCCAAAUUGCUGCACUUACCGGCUAUUUAAAAAGCAACUUAAAUACUUACGGAGAGAGGUUUUGCUACUUAUUGAUGAGUGCUUCAACUUACAUGUUUAUGAUGAUGUGGGAGUACAGCCACUACCUCUUGUUUCUUCAAGCAAUAUCUCUGUUUUUGCUAGAUAAUUUUUCACUGGAGCAAAGUGAUAAGGUUCAUGAAGUUUAUAAAAUCUAUAUAUUUUCUCUGUUUCUGGGAUAUUUACUGCAGUUUGAGAAUUCAGCUUUAUUGGUGUCUCCUUUAUUAAGUUUAGUAGUAACCUUAAUGCUUGUUAAGUGCCUUCAGCUAAAUGUGAAGAAAAGAACUUUCGUAGCUAAAAUAAUGAAAUUUAUUAAUUUUUAUUUGGUGUGUACUCUGACAGUGACAUUGAAUAUUAUAAUAAAGAUGUUUGUCCCACACAAAGAAAAUGGGCACAUGCUGAAAUUCCUUGAAGUGAAACUUGGACUAAAUAUGACUAAGAAUUUCACAAUGAAUUGGCUCCUAUGUCAAGAAUCCCUACAGGCACCAUCUCAAGAAUUUUUUUUGCGAUUGACACAGUCUUCUUUACUACCUUUCUAUAUUUUAGUGUUAAUUAUUUGUUUUCUUUCUAUGAUGCAAGUUAUUUUUAGGAGAAUUAAUGGUGAGUCCCUGAAAGAAACUGUUACUCUUGAAGAUGGACGAAUUGGAGAAAGGCCAGAAAUAAUUUAUCAUGUGAUUCACACUAUUUUUUUUGGUUCUCUUGCAAUGAUUAUAGAAGGCUUGAAAUACCUCUGGACUCCUUAUGUAUGCAUGUUAGCAGCAUUUGGUGUUUGUUCUCCUGAACUUUGGACGACACUUUUCAAGUGGCUUCGAUUACGAACUGUACACCCAGUGUUGUUGGCUCUUAUUCUGAGUAUGGCUGUGCCCACUAUAAUAGGUCUCAGCUUAUGGAAGGAGUUUUUUCCAAGAUUAAUGACAGAAUUAACUGAACUACAAGAAUUCUAUGACCCAGAUACAGUGGAACUUAUGACCUGGAUAAAAAGGCAAGCUCCAGUUGCAGCUGUGUUUGCAGGGAGUCCACAAUUAAUGGGUGCAAUUAAAUUAUGCACUGGUUGGAUGGUGACAAGCUUGCCUCUUUACAAUGAUGAUGAUCUUCUCAAGAGAAAUGAAAAUAUCUAUCAAAUCUAUUCAAAGCGAUCUGCUGAGGAUAUUUAUAAAAUACUGACAUCUUACAAAGCUAAUUACCUAAUUGUAGAGGAUGCUAUCUGCAAUGAGGUGGGAACCAUGAGAGGCUGUAGGGUUAAAGAUUUAUUAGACAUUGCAAAUGGCCAUGUGGUUUGUGAAGAGGGUGACAAGUUAACCUACUCAAAAUAUGGGCGAUUUUGUCAUGAGGUCAAAAUUAACUAUUCUCCAUAUGUGAAUUAUUUCACUAGAGUGUAUUGGAACAGGUCUUACUUUGUAUAUAAAAUCAACACUGUGAUAUCCUUUCAGUCUUGAAAAUAGUAGAGACUUAUUCCAUCUGAAGUAAAAUGUUGAUUUUCUUCUACCAAUGGGGGUCUUUUUGGAAAUCAGAAUCUGGACAUUGGAAGUGCUGCUGCUUUUCCUCUCCUGCCAUUAACUGGACCCAGAGCUCUCUGGGGAAUAGAAGAUGGAGCGUCACUGGCCUUUGGUGAAUGUUAUAGCUUACCACUCUGCAGUGUUCCAGCCAGGGAUUCUUCUUACUGUUACAUGGUCUUUCAAGAGUUCACCUUCCAAACUGUUAUGAAAAUUUCCUCAGAAAUCUUUAUUUUAUCAUAACAUUGAUCUUGAAUUUGAAUAUAUUCAAGGUCUUAGGAUAUUUCUCAAACAUAACAUUUAAUAUAUACUUAAUAUGAUAUAAUUAUAGAAGAAGAAUUAUUCUUACAUUCAAGGCAGUUUCUAAAGGUCUUUUAUGCUUUAUAAUAGGACUGAAAUAUUACAAUAAAUAGCUAACGUAAAUGUUAGCUGAAAAUAUGUGGCAUUUAAAUUAAAGUGGAAAUGGCAUAAAGGAAAGUGAUUUUUAAGGAUAUAUAUAAAGGUAUAUCCAGAUUUUCCAUGAUACUGUUCUCAUCUGCUGCUUAUAUAAGUGAGCACUUUCUUAGUAAUUUACAUAGUGCAUGAUACUGCAUUUUAUUACUUUAUGACUUUUAAGUGGUUAGCUUUUGUCACUUAUGCUCAUAAACUUGAUAUGAAUUUAAUCAUCAUAAAUAGUAACUCUCUGUACCUACAUAUUUUUUAAAACAGACAAAUGUUGAUCAGGUUUUUAAAAAAUACAAAUAUGGGAUUUAUAACCUAUUCACAUGUUUUGUACUCAAAUAUUAGGUAAAAAAUUGUUAUCAGAAUAAAAAUAUGUACACUAAAAUGAGCUACAGUUUCUGGGAGAUAUGUGCAGAUACUGUUAAAUAUACCUCUGUUUACAGGUAGGCAUAUUAUAAAAUAAAAGUGCUAUUAUUUGUGAAACUGUGAGGCAGUCUUCAACAUUAAGAACCAAAUGACAAUUAUAAAAUUCACAGCACUUAGUUCCUCUAAGUUAAAUAUUUUCAUAUUUUAAUCAUUUAUAAAAAGAAAAUCUAAAAUGACUUACUUGGCUAGGAUGGGGGGGAAUGCAUGUUUAUUUUUAUCUUGUAUAUCUGUUUAGUGACCAGGUUUUCAAAGUGCUGUAAAAAUCAGUUUCACUACUCUACAUUAAAAGGGAGCACCUUUCCAUUAUCUUUAUUUUCUGUAAUAUAUUUUAAAAGUACACAGGCACAUUCAUUCUUAGACUAGCUCUGGGGUGCUUUGCUCUUUUGGAACUUAAGGAUUGUUUGAUGGCUGUGUCAUAUCUGGUGCAUUAAUUUUAUUAGUUCUCAAACUUUUAUGUAAUUUUUAACAAUUCUAUUAAGAUAGCUGUAGGCAGGGUAUUUCAGGUUCUCUGUACAUCUUAAUAGUGAGUCACUAAUAUUUAGCUUCAAGCCUUAUGAAAAUAUUUCCAUAGUUAACCUAUGUACGUAAAACAUGUAAAACAUUGUGAUUUAAAAGUCAGUUUGCAUAUUUUGAAAGGGAAAUAGAACAGCCUAUUUUCUAUGCAGCAUGAAAUAUUUAAUUGAAUUUUUAUUGAUUUACAUUAUAAUCAAAUAUGCAGAAUUAGUUUGUUGUGUGUUUUUGUUUUAUUUUUGUUUGUGGUAUAUUAGUAAGUUGCUUUUGCUUCUGUCAACUUAUUUCUUAAAUAAAACAGAUUUGGAGAAACUUUUAAUUGAAUUUUUGAAAUAAUAAAUUUUUCAUUCAGCAUCAGUUAAAAAGGAAAAUGUGAUCUUCAAUAUAGAAAUAAUAAUACUGGAUAUGAGAAGUAAGCUUAUUUGUUUCUAUUUUAACUGUAGUUAAAACAAUAGUACUGGAAAACUGAGUGCAUUUAAUUAAUUUCCUUACGUAUUUGUAGAGUAAUAAGUGAUUAAGCAUUCUGUAAGUAAUCCUGUUUGGGUAACUUACAGUUGUUAGGUUUGACAAUAAAGAUCUAUUAUGUGCCCUUGCUGGUCAAGGGCACGUACUUGGGUUGCAGGCUCCUCCCUGGCCGUGGACCUGGUCGAGCAUGUGCAGCAGGCAACCAAUCAAUGUGUUUCUGUCACAUUGACGUUUCUGUCUGUCUUUCCCUUUCUCUUCCACUCUCUCUAAAAAUCUAUGGAAAAAUAUCCUCAGGUGAGGAUUAAAAAAACAACACUAUUAUGUGAGGAGCAAAGUUUGUUGUAUUUGUGUGGAAGGAAUUUCUUCAAGAAAUAUAAAACAUACUUUGCCCUUAAAAACAUUGAAAUAAGUGCCUUAACGUCUUUAUUUCAAAGUUUACUUCAUAUUUUUGAAAAAAUAUUAUCCAUUUCUUUUUUUUCCAUAAGAAAAAUUUGGUAACUUUUUCCUUAUUAUUAAGCACAACCUCACUAUUCUAUUUUCACUAAUAAGCAAAUUUUUGUUAAGGGCAGAGAUGAGAUUCCUAGCUUGCUAAAUUCAUUUAUUUAGCUUGCAAAUGCAAAACAAUCCAACAAAUAAAACUUACUUGAUAGGGUCUGUGACGUUGACUCCGCUGGUUUCUGUUUAUUCUGCCUUUGGCAUCUGUAUCUUGGUGCUUUUUGUUCGACUGCUGGGUUUUUCCACCUCAGGGGUAUGCGUUGCACUUUGGAACUUUUGUCUUUAUUACUUGUGUGUAGUCAGCACGUUUUUCAGGAUGUGAACCUACAUUGCCAGUGCCUCUGUGUCGGGACCCUCUUCCACACAGUCCGGAUUGAUUCAAGGGAAAAGCAGAAGUGGAGGUCAAAGUGUGUUACAAGUCAGGGCUGAAAAAUAUGCUUUAAAAAUUAUGAAUUUCUUGAAGGACACAGUGAAUCUGAUUAAACUGUUUUGUUUUUGAAAAAUUGUUACUUGGCCUGUCUAUUUUGAACUGUUAAAACAUUUUGAUGCCUUUUGUGGGUAAAACUAGUGCCUCUCUUUAUAAAAUUGGUGGGGUUUCUAAAAGUUGUAUGUCAGUUGAUUUUUUUUUUUGGUACAUUUAUUUUAAAUGCAUAAAUAUUUAGAGGGCAUAUGUUAUGAAUUAUUCUGCAUAUUUAAGAAUCUUCUGUAAAGCAAAUAACUACUUCCUGAUUUGCAUCAAUAUAUUCUCUCUGUAUUGGUCCAGUUUUUAAAAUAGUUUUUGCUAUUUGCUAAUAGUUUUAGAUCCCAAUAUGUAUUAAAAGUACAGCUCUAAAAAAGUUGCAAGUGAAAUUGACAAUUUCUUAUUGAAACAAUGGCUUAAGUUUUUUUUUUUUUACUUUUUUUUUCUUUUCUUUUAUUUGUGGCUUAAGUUUUUUAAUGUGUAGAGUUAACAGUUUAAAUAAAAUUAGAGGACAAAAUUGCAAAGGAAUAUAUUUGAUUCAACUGUUUCAUCCAUUAAGGUUUCUAAACAUUAAACUUGUUUUUCAUAAUAAAAAAGAUUUGCUGCAUUUAAUAUAAAGGCAACUUGGAACCAAAUCUGUUUAUAAGUUUCUUAGAAUUUGCAAUAUUUGAAUCUCGGUAUAUAUAAUCCUAUGUGCAGUUCUAUAGGAGAUACACUGAACAUCGGAUCAUUGUAAUUAGUGGAAUAAUAGUAUCAGAAAGAAACAUGCAUUCCAGACUUAUGGCUUGAAAUAUUUCCGAAAGAAUCCUUUCAUAUUUUAUGUUAAUAGCUUUGUACAGCUGUUUAACAAAGAUGAAUACAACUGGUUUUAUGUAUGUUGACUUAUGAAUUAUAUCUAUUACAUUGAAUAUUUAGAUUAAAUGUGCUCAUCCUGUAACUAAGGUUGUCUUUGCAAAAGAAUAAAAAUUAAUUUCAGUAAGUAUAAAUCCUUUAAAAGAGUUGGGGUGUCAACUAGUUUACUUCACAUUUUUAUAAUGUGUCUAUUAUCAUGAAUGAAAUUAUUUCAUGCUUAAUUACACUCCCUUGUGUUUCCAUAAUAAAAUUCUUGGAAAAUG